AUGGCGGGAGUCGUGGAUUCAUUUACUUCGACCACGCUUGAGGAUGGCAGGGUGCUUGGAGUGGCGUUUAUAGCCAUAAUGGCAGUUACGGUUCUUCUAGACAAAAUAAACCAGCAAUUCUCCUAUGAGCAUCAAUUUUGGAAGAGUCAGCCAUGGACCGGUCUACGGCCAGAGUUGUUCUCUGGAACAAGAGCAUACUUUCGGUCAUUUUUUACUGUUCGUGACAUGCUGGAUAAGGGAUACCACAACUACUCAAAGAGCAAAAUAUCAUUUGCUCUGCCUGUGUUUGGCGGGAAACCAUGGCUAGUUCUACCACAGGCUUCAGCGAAAGAUCUUAUUUCAAGAUCAGACUCGGAGUUGAGCUCUGAUGAUAUUCAUAUAGAGCAGCUGCAAGUCAAUUAUACACUUGGCUCCAAGGGCAUUCAUUUGAUGCGCCUUCCGUUACAAUUUGAUGUAUUGCGACGUCAGUUGACGCGGAAGCUGCCUCUGUUGACAGGCGCAGUCUAUGAUGAAUUGGAUAGAGGAUUUAAACAAUACUGGGGCACUGAUACCAUGAAUUGGGUUGAAGUCGAGGCAUUUCCUACUUGUCUUAAACUUGUCACCCGUGCAGCCAACAGAGUCUUUGCUGGCGAAGAAAUCUGCCGUGAUGAAGACUUUUUGGAGCAUUCUAAACUAUACACUCAAGGAUCUGUAUUUGUUGCUAUGGCGCUACGGCUCAUCCCAAAGUUUUUACGACCUCUAGCAUCUCCUAUCUUACAAUUGCGCAAUAACCAUCAUUUCCGUGUCUGUGCCCGGAUUUGUGUACCAGUUGUGCAACAGAGGAUUCGAAAUACAAGAGCCAAGCAAGAAGAUCCGUCCUAUAAAUGGGAACCUCCGGUUGAUACUCUGCAAUGGCUUGUAGAGGAGUGCAUAAAAGCUAAAGAUCCCAAGGAACUUGACCCGAUACUCAUUACACGUCGAUUAUUGCUCCUGAACAUGGUGGCAAUUCACACGACCUCAAUCAGUAUAACUCACGCGAUACUCAAUAUUAAUACAUAUGAGCAUUCCGAAGAAGUCAUUACUAGCUUGAGAGAGGAAUGCAAUCGCCUUCUUGGCGAGAAUGAUGGUGUCUGGACGAAGGCCGCCCUAAAUGAUGCCUUGCGCUUAGAUUCCACCAUCAGAGAAUCUAUGCGAUGCGACGACCUGGAACCCUUUUCAACCGGCCGCAUGGUAGUCCACCCUAACGGCAUUGAUAUCAACACUGCGGCUGGUAGCUCCAUACAUGUGCCUCAUGGGGUCACACUCUGUUUACCAUCACACGGAAUUCACCGUGACCCAGAGUUCUACGACUCGCCCCUAGAAUUUCAGCCAUUUCGUUUCUCUGAUCCACGAGAGAAGUUUCUGAAAUUACAAAUGAAGGCACAGACCGACAUGCAGACUGCACUUGACUUGAAGACCACGUCACUCGUUACAACCAGCGAUACCUAUCUCGCCUUCGGUCAUGGCAGACAUGCUUGUCCUGGCCGCUUUUUCGCGGCUCAAGAGAUGAAAUUGAUGUUGGCGUACGUACUUCAAAAUUAUGAUAUCGAAAAGUUGAAAGAGAAACCUCCCUCUACGAUGUUAAUGGGCACAAAUGUUCCGAACGAGAAGGCCAGGAUUCGAGUGAAAAAAAGAGCCUGA